AUGAACUCGGUUCGUUCCAGGGUAUUGCGCGCCCCCCACAGGGCCCUGCCGCUGGCGGCACGCUCGCAGCUCCGACACUUCCACCCGACCAAACCAGCUCCGUGGAUCAAUGAAGCUCUCGAUGCCUCCGCCGGGCUCAUCCAUGGCGUACACAAUAUCACCGGCCUGCCAUGGGUGGCCUCAAUCCCGCUCACGGCCCUUUUGGUGCGAACACUAGUCGGCUUGCCCUUACAAAUGUACACCAGAGUCCAUGCACGACGCGGACGAGACAUCUUACCCCUCAAGCAGGCCUGGGCAAACUGGGCCGAUUCAAGGAAGAAGCAGCUGGGCGGAGGCCCGCUCUCUAAGCAGCCCCGUAUGGAAAUCGACAGAGAAUACCACGAUAAGAUCAAGUUUGUACACAAGCGAUGGGGUAUCUCGGCCACGGCCCGCUUUGCGCCCGUUCUGCAAUUGCCAGUCUGGAUCAUGCUCAUGGAGAGUAUCCGUGGAAUGUCCGGGAAUAAGAACGGCCUGGUGCCAUGGCUACUCUCAUUGAUAGAGGGUGAUCGGGAAGCCACCGAUGCCGCCGUCAACUCUCUCCAUCUAGUAGUGGAACCCACCUUCGCUAAUGAGGGUGCACUAUGGUUCCCCAAUCUACUUGCGGGUGACUCGACCGGUAUCUUGCCGGCAGUCCUCGCGGCUUCCAUUCUUCUGAAUGUCCAGGCCGGCUGGAAAGCAACAUCGCGCGCUGAACUGGCCGAUAUGCCAAAGAUGGAGAUGUACCGGGCCGCUUCUUUCAACGGUAUACGUCUCUUAAUCCAGAUUCUGGCGCUGAACGUGGGCGUGUCCGCAUAUCUCUAUGAGAUGCCAGUCGCUCUUUUGAUCUACUGGAUCAGUAGCUCUAGUAUUGCCACGCUGCAGACCUACAUUUUGGAGAAGAAGAUGUUCAUGAAGCCGCCAAUCCCAGUGUCCUCCAGACGCUAUGUCGAUUACGACAAUCCUGAAGCUUCGGAUCCGUUCCAUAUGAAACUGCGCUGA